CCAGAAGGCUAGCGGGUGCCCUUCUCCCCCGGUGCUGCUGCGCGCAGGGCGCCUGCGGGGAGAGGCGGCGAAAGUUUGGGCUUGCGAGUACCACCCGCAGGUGCGGUGAUGGCCGCGCUACGGGAGCAGCCGGAGAGAUUCGGGAGCUGCUCCGCCGCCUGAUCCACCGUGCCGCUCGCUGCCUUGCGUCUGCCGCCGCCUCCACCAUCAUCAUGUAGGAAGCGUUGCAGCCUCCAGGAAGUGCUUCGGAGCCAGGAAUGGAUGGAUGGUGACCAGGCUGGCUUCUAAGGACACGCACACGCCUCCCUAAAUCGCCCUCCCUGCUCCGCGCGGCGGGGGCGCUCGGGGAUCGGGCCGAGCGAGCACUGCAUGUUUCCAUGGAGGGAGGACGCCGGUUCUUCGCUUCCCCCCAAGCGGAUUACAAGUGCUCUUGAGCCCGGAGGGGAAGGAGGUGUCUUGUUACACCGGCUCUGAAAAAAAAAAAAAUCUUUGCAGCUUGCUCAGAGAAACCGGUGCACAUUUUUCUGUAGCGGUUUCAAGCUCGAUUUUUGAUCCGGCUGGUGGUUUCCCCGCCCUGUCUCCUCCUCCUUUUAAAAAUAUUUCUUAUACUUUUUAAAAUGUACACGUUUGUCGUCCGAGAUGAAAACAGCAGCGUCUAUGCUGAAGUCUCCAAACUCCUCCUUUCCACUGGACAAUGGAAGAGGCUGAAAAGAGACAACCCCAGAUUUAACCUCAUGUUGGGGGAGCGAAACAGACUGCCUUUUGGGAGGCUGGGUCAUGAACCUGGACUUGUACAACUGGUGAACUACUACAGAGGAGCCGAUAAGCUUUGCCGCAAAGCUUCUUUAGUGAAAUUAAUCAAGACGAGUCCUGAAUUGGCAGAGUCCUGCACAUGGUUCCCAGAAUCAUAUGUGAUUUACCCAACGAAUUUGAAGACUCCAGUAGCUCCAGCACAAAAUGGAAUUCAUCAUCUGAUAAACAACACAAGAACAGAUGAAAGGGAGGUUUUCCUGGCAUCUUACCAGAAGAGGAAAGAGAACAGAGAAGGGAAUGUGUGGAUAGCCAAAUCUUCAGCAGGUGCCAAAGGUGAAGGGAUUCUUAUUUCUUCAGAAGCUACUGAACUUCUGGACUUUAUAGAUAAUCAAGGACAAGUGCAUGUGAUACAGAAAUACCUUGAGAAGCCUAUGCUCUUAGAACCAGGUCAUCGCAAAUUUGAUAUUAGAAGCUGGGUAUUAGUGGAUCACCAGUAUAAUAUCUACCUCUACAGAGAAGGCGUUCUACGGACCUCUUCAGAACCUUACAAUAGCGCUAAUUUUCUAGACAAAACCUGCCACUUGACCAAUCACUGCAUACAGAAGGAAUAUUCUAAAAACUAUGGGAGAUACGAAGAAGGGAACGAGAUGUUUUUUGAGGAGUUUAAUCAGUAUCUGAUGAGUGCUUUGAGCAUUACUCUGGAAAAUACAAUCUUAUUACAAGUCAAAAAUAUAAUAAGAAGCUGCCUUAUGUGUAUAGAACCUGCUAUCAGCACCAGACACCUUCAUUACCAGAGCUUCCAGCUCUUUGGCUUUGAUUUCAUGGUGGAUGAAGACUUGAAGGUCUGGCUAAUUGAAGUCAACGGCGCCCCUGCAUGUGCCCAGAAAUUAUAUGCAGAGCUUUGCCAAGGCAUAGUGGAUGUAGCCAUCUCUAGUGUCUUUCCCCUUAAUGACACCAUGCAAAAGCAGAGCCAGCAAUCAAUAUUUAUUAAGUUGUGAUGAUUAAAGAAGAGGGAUGAAGCCUCCACACAGCACACAUUGGAGAACUGUUGCCUGUUGGUUCUAGGGACAAAGAAGAACCUUGAGUCCAUCACUUCCUCUGCUCGUCAGACCCAAACCAGGGAUGAAGGUCUGGCAUCCAUCUGGGAAUUCCCUAAGGAGAGUUAAGUUUCAAAGGAAAAGUCCAAGAUGAACCAAAGCUGUCACAUCAACUCCGUGUGUAUUUUUUGGGGGGAGAUGCUUUAGAAACUAUUUCUGCAAAUUCCUCUGGGACAGCAGUGCAACCAUUUUUUAAUUAAUAUAAGCAAAACCCAGGGUGUGACCCAGUUUUUCUUCCCUCUACCUUUCCCCACCUCCCUCUGACAUAAUAAUUUAUUUUAGCAGUUGGUAGUACCAGGACUCUUCCAAAGACUUCAUAGCUUGGAGCAAGUUAACUUCUCAACUCAAGAUAUGUAAGGUUUGUUCAUUAUUUUUCUUCACCUGCUGCAGUUCUAGUGCCUUAGCUUUGUUCCCAAUUAUUAACUCGCUUUGUUUUCUGUAGAGGUUUGUAAAAAGCUGUCCUGUUGUGUGGGGUAUAAACUGUUCCUUGAAAAAUGCUGUUUAUAUGUGUAUGUGUGUUUUGGAAGUCAGUAUGUUCUUUGUUUUUCAUUGAACAUUACUUAGUGCAGAAGAUCAGUCUGGGGAUGAAAAAUUUCCAUCCCUCCUUUUUUCCUCUAGUACAAACUGGCACAACUUAAGUCCUUUCAAAUGGAAACCUACCAGCUGGGCUGGUGGCUUGAUAGAUGUUUGAUUAUCCCCUUGUGUUUUCAGUCCCUGACAGCCAGUUUAACCCAGGCCAUUUUAUUGAGAUCACAGUCUUAUGUAUACCUACCUGUGAGGUAAGGACCAUUUAGUACAGUGGGACCGACUUCUGAGUAAACAUGCACAGAACAGGACUGUAUACUAUACACAGUGAAUCAGAAGUGUUCAGAUUUGGUUUGCCACGAAUGGUGCAGUCUGUCCCUUCUAUGAUUUCAGUCCAAGAGCAAAAAGGCAGUGAAGUGAAAUUGUGUUUGCAGCAAUGCAAAAAUUUAAAUUGGGCUUUUUGUUCAGAAUGUUCACAUCAUUUGAACUCCAAAGCUUUAUAUGUUAUGAGCUAUAGAUCUCCUUUCGUUGGUGGGAGGGGGGAUGUUGAGUGUGUUUGUGUGAGAAAGAAGCAGGAGAGAGAUAAUCUUUUGAGCAGUGGUGCUUUUUCCAUACUUCCCUUGGUUUUUUCACAUCUUUUAAAAAAAGGUCACUGGAAAGGAACGUUGCCAUCUUCCACUGUCACUUAAAAAAAGAGAGAAAAUAAUUUAUCACAUUUGUAUGCCUUUUUACUAUACAAUCAUGCCUCUGAACCCAGAAAUAAAAGCUUCUAAAGGCCAGUAAUCCCUUCUGUGUUGACAGAUAUUGUGGCCCAAAUCAGAUGGUGCGGCUAAACUGUUGUUUAGUCCUUGUCAAUGGGUUUGGAGUUCAAGUUCCCCCCUCCUCCUUUCCUCCUUUUCUCAUGCACCCUUAUUUUCCUGCUUUGUGCAGUGACUACAGUUUGCCAUAAAAGCUUUUAAUUUAUUUAUUAUUUUAUUUAUUUAUUUGGGGCAUUUCUAUCCCGUCCUAUGCAAAAGUCUCAGGAUGGUGAAGCAAUACAGUACAGUGGCAGCGCACAAAAACAGAAUAUAAAUAUCUAAUAAAGCCUACAAUAAAAACCACAAUUAAUCCUUAAAAUGCAGGGAAAAUAAAAAGGGUUUGGCCUGGUGCCAAAAUGAAUAACGCAUCAGUGCCAGGCACACCUCUCUAGAGAGCAGUUUCCAGAGCCAGGGUUUUGAUUACCAGAACCAUAGUUUGAUACCCACUCACAGUUGGAAACCUAAUUCAGACCAUGGUUUACAGACAAAUUAUGGCUUGUGGGAACCAUACUUUGCCUAGUGUGUGCAUUCAGGGUAAGCUGUGGUUACUCUGAAUCAGGGAAUGUGGAGUGAGGCAUGCCCUUUUCUGCCAGCUAUAUAAUGGAAAGACCAUGAUAUCGGAGACGGGCCUGUGUUUCUUAGCCACUGUUAAUUCAUGCCAAGAGGGUGGACCAGUUUGCAUGUAAUGCUAAGACACCAUAGGUUAAUUAACCUGUGCGGCUUGACCGUUUGUGCUGGCCACUAGUUUGAAUGUGCAAACGGUGGCCCAUGCUCUUUGUGGCUUGUAAUUUUGUGCAAAUUCAGAUGGCAUAGGUCAUGGGAGGGUUAAACAACCUACACACAACUAUAGAACAAUCCACAUUGUUUAAUCCUCACAUAACCACACAACCUGUUUGCACAACAUGGCAAGUCAUUCAAGAGUGUCAGAAUGCACCAUGAAACUCACAUCAGUUAAUGAAGUCAUGGCUUAGUGAAUCAGGUCAUUUGUUGGCAGUUAGCAAUUAGCAUGCCAGGCUCAAAUCCAUCAUCCUGAGGAAUAACAACUUCCAAGAAAGGUAUGUAGAAGAAGCAGUGGCUAUGUCAAAGAGAAUUGCUGGGUGAAUUGGGGCCUGCCUGAUACCAUCCAUCCUUUUUUGAGAGAGAUCUUCCUUUAAAACUAGGACUGACAAUAGCUUCUAUUCAAUCUUAGUUCUACUUAGAAUAGACUAAUUAAAAUGAAUGGCAUUUAAGAAACUAACAGUGAAUGCAACCCAAGGAGAUAUCUGAGUUUAUGGUCAGCCAAAAUAUGCCCAAUCAAAACUGGUUUUAGUUCUUGGUUGAUAAAAAAUAUUUGCAACUUUUCUUUCUAUUGACAUUAAACUGAGAUUUUCCCAGGAUGUAUAUGGACUGUAUGCAAUGGCAGUCCUACUUAGAGUAGACCCAUUGACAGCAACUGAAGUUGUACUACCAUGCAAUACAACAGGACCCACAGAAUAUUUCCUAUCAAAUAUGAAUAAUUAUGAUAAGUAUUAUUCAUUAGCAUUGUCCAUCAAGGCAGUGAAAAGCAAGUUAAAACACUAUCAGCUCAACACAGUCAUAAGAACUCAAAGGAUUACUGGCAUCCUAUGGAAGGAGUGCGGAGGUGAAGGCUAAGUGUGGUCCUUCAGAUGGGGAGGGAAAGAGGCUGGGACACUACCAAAAUAUCUCAUAUUUUGGAGUGUCUGCCUUCUCCGCUCCUGAAACACCUCCCGAUUCUUGCCUCAGAGAUCUCUCUUGUAACUUGGGAGGUACAGCUGACAAUUCUUUCUGUGCUUGGAUGGUGGAGACUCCAAGCACAAAAACACUACAGUGUGAUUUUCCAACCUUGUAGAUAGCUCUCUGAAAAAUCCUAUGGCUGUCUAGAUGCUCCCCAGCAGCCCCAGGAUUGUCAUGUAUUUUACAUUUAAAAGACAUGUCUUCACACUUUUUCUAAAAACCAAGAAAGUGGUUCAAUUAGGGUAUGAAGAAGUUGGCAGUGCACCUUUUUCAAAGCUCUGAAGUCGAUCAUAAAUCUAUGUGUAAGUAAGUGAAAGCGGUAGCAGAAAAGAAAACAUAGUAGAACUUGUUUAAUACAGUGAUUUUGGUCUCUAAGUAACCCAAGAGGUAGACUAAUUUGGAUCUCAUAGGUGGUCUAUGUCGCAUUUGUGGUGUCUUCAGAAAUUUUGGUAGGAGGAGAGAUGCCGACUACAAACCUUUACCCUGAUCCUUCAUAUAUUUACUUAGAAAUAAGUGCAGUUGAUUUCAAUAGAACUUACUUCAUGUACACGUACUUAGGAUCCCAGCCUUAGGUUUAAUAUUCAGGAAGUCACAACAGACUUUAUAAAUUAUGCAUUAUGUAGACAUUGUCAUUUCAAACUAUAAUUGCAUGUUGCAUGCUAAACUAGAUUAUUUCAAAGGUGUUUGACUUUUUUUUAAUGUGAAAAGUAAAAUUAAACUGCUUGCAAGUGAUGGAGCAGACAAACCCAGAUGGUUUGGACCAGAUGACCUUUCUAUUAGGAGUGAAUGACAUAAUCAUGAGCCAUAGCAAAGCCAUCCAGUCAGAGUUGGGGUUGUGCCUGCUGUGGCUAGAAAGGGUGGUUUGGAUGACAAAUUCUCAGGGAUAUUAGGAUGGCAAUCCAAAGGACACUCUGCCCCCUGCCCUCAUCUCAAGCCAGGGGCCAAAUAUCUCCUUCCAGGGUUCCCCAAAAGACUAUGUCCCCUUCCUCUCUCCCAACCCCUUUUCUCCCAAUUGCCAGUCAUUUGGAGAUUUCCUGUUUUUAAGGCAGCCUCUCCCCAAUUCUAAAAUGGUGAAAUUCUUCCCUUUAAGGCCAAGUUACCAGCAGUAAGAGCAUGAAACUUCAGUAUGCUGGAUUUUUUGGCCCCGACCCUUUGCACCGUCAGUUCUCCACCCCAUUGGAGAGUGUUUGGCCCUCAGGUUGAGAGAGGUUCUGCACCACUACAGUAAGGCAUAAAUCCUGCUGGGCUCAGACUGACUUUUGAGUAAAUAGGCUUCGGAUCAUGCUAUAAGUCUGCAGUCUUAUGUGUACUUACUUAGAAGGAAUCCAGUAGGAUUUAUAACCAAAUAAACAUGCAUAAGAGCAGGACAGCGGGUGUGAUGCCCCAUCACUGUUGUAAGGCCACGAUUUGCAUGUGGGUGAAAUAAAUAUAGUUCCCUGCUAUAGAAAAUGUGCACAUCACAUAUGAGGCUUCUGGCUGGCUAGCUUGGAUGGGCAAUGAACAUGCUGAUAUAAUUUUGGCCUGGUAUGAAGUGCUUGCAGAUGAUGUCCGUCCAGGCAUGGGAUUGCUUGCCCUUUGGGUCUCGCCAUAAUAAUGUAAUUUAAGCAAAAAUUAACUGAUGCUUGUUUUGCCAGGCUGAGCAACCAUUUACGGUCUCUUUACCUCUUGAGGGCCCUGGCAAACUUAGCUACAGAACCAUAUGCUAUGAAACCUGCUAAGUUGCUCUAAGAGUUUCAGUAACGUCUUUGCAUAAUGCAGUUGCAAGUUCUUCAACAGCAAAAAAAUGCUGCCAGGGAGAUCAAAUAAAUGUCACAGGUCUGUUUGGACAUAAAUGCAAACACUUUGACUUAGCUAGGGUUAGGGAUGCCAAAUUUUAUCUAAAUCCUGUUCUUGGGCAUUUAGCCAUAUGUGGAGGAUACUUAGAAGUUUGUUGUAAAAAGUGUCACUUUCUGAAAAGUGACAGCAUCCUUUGUUAUCCUACUUGUUUGGCAAUGUUCAUGUGCAUUUCUAGUGUUCACCUCCUGGGGGCAGCAUGGUCUCCCCUUCAGUGGAAAAUGCAUAUGUGACUGCUGAGAUAAAAUGGUGGAAACACUACCUUCUUCUGAAGCAAUCUUAGGGCAGUGGUAGCUAAACUUUCCUACCUUUGGGAAAUAAUUUUCUCAUUGACUCGCCUACUAAGAAACAUAGAAAAAUGCCAUGUGCUGGAUCUGGCUACUUGUCUGUCUCGAUCAGAAUUAGACUCAGGUUGGCCCUGGCUUUCCAAGGCCACAUAAAACUUGAGAAGACUGGUGGGUUAGAUCAUGGGUCCAUCUAGUCCAGCAUUUUGUUCCCACAGUAGUCAGUCAGACGCUUGGGAGAAGUCCACAGGCAAGACACAGACAAUAGAAGCCCCUUGUCAAGUUCUCCAUCAGCUGCUACUGCUGCUGAUCCCAGAAAUUAUAUAUAGCAAACUUGACCAGAAUUCUAUAUUUUAAUUAUUAGGGUUUUUUAACCUAAAUUUUAUUAUUUAAACUCCCAUGAGAACUUUUUUUAAGCAGAAAGGUAGAAUAAAAUAGUAAGCCUCCUUUCAUUUGUCUAAUCCCCACUUACAGCCACCCAAGUUGGUGGCUAUCACUAUCUCUUCUGGUAGUGAAUUCCAACAUUUAACUUGGAUAUUCAGCUCUUGAAUACCCAGUACUUGGGUUCAUCUGUUUUUUCAUCCAACAUUUCCAAUGCAGUGUCUUCUAUGCAACUCACUGUGCACAAUCCGUAGAUCGAGAUCAGGCAGAAGGUAGACCUCCUGCAGUUUUGGACCUUGCUCUUAGAAGCUCUUGCCAGCAGAGCCAAUGCUCAAGAACUCUGGGAAUUGAAGUCCACAAUAUCUGGAGAUCUAUUUUCUGCCCACCAGCUAGGGAGGUUGUGCUAGGUACAAGGCACUUGUUUACCUGUUUGGCCUUUUGGUCAGUCUGCCUGAACUGAAGACAUACUUAAGUACUUGUCCAAUGCAGGGUAGCAGAAAACAAGCAGAACGUCAGAGAAGCUCAUCACCAUUCUUGGUUUCCUGAUGAAAUAUGCCCUAAUAAGCUUUUGACAAACCCAGGAUUGCUCACAAUAGUGUUUGAAAACCAUUGCCUUGAGCAAUGCAAUUUCCUUUGAAAAGUGUUGUCCAUACAGGGAUUUUUCAGGUCUUAAGGGAACCAUUCUGCUGCUCUUGUUCCGAAUUAAUGUGGCUUUUUGACCCUUUUGGUGUUCUGUGGCUGUUUCAAAUGUCAUUUUUAGCACUUGCAAAGACAUGCAGUCAAUACACUAGCCCAGGUGGCAAAACUGGCACCGGGACCUCCUGCAGUUAACCAUCCCUGCUUUAGGGUCAUGUCUUUUUUUUCUGACAGUGGAUGCUGUAUUGUUGGCAUCUUCAUUUAAACAUUUUAGAAUAGACUUUUUCAUGCAUUGACACUGACUGCUGCCAACCUAUUGGUGACACCUAUUGGUACAUUCAUUAUCUGGAUUUCUCUCCAUGGCCAUACUAAAAUCCUCUAUAAAGUAUCAUUGCAAUAGUUCAGGAGGCAAGAUGUGAACUGUUGAUGAAACAGAACGUUGUUCAGGUUGAAUCUUCCUUAAAGGCAAAAGAAAUUACAAUGCAACCUCAUUUGUUCAAAAUAAUUUUUAAAAAAUCCAAUACGUCUACCACUGGAAUGAGUUGGGGGUGGUGGCAUGUAUUUACAUAAUUGCAUCGAUGUGGUGAAGGAAUACUGAGUUUUUUUCCAGGCACAAUGUAGUGCAAUUUUAGACUGGAAAAGGGCUUACAAUCCCACCAUGCCUCAGUCAGCUGUGCUAAACUAGCAUAGAAUUCCAUUCUUAAGGUUGCAAUCUUGUCCACCUUUACCUGGAAGUAAGUCCCAUUGAACUCAAUGGUUCUCAUUUCUUAGUAGGCAUGCAUAGGAUUGCACUGUUCAUUGUUGCAAGUAAGAGGAGUGGAUAAUAGAAAUUUGGAUGAUGGAAGUCUUACCAGCCUUUGAGUGGCUCCCUGAACCAUACCGCAUAUGGAAAAGGGCAGCAAGCAAAGCAUCGGGCAUUGUCAAAGAGCUUUAAAAUAACCAGUAGCAAGAAAGUAUUUUAAAAUGUUAACUUGCAGAAUUGGAAUGUCUAUUCAUUAUCUAUGAAGGAUCUUUUUUCAUUUUGUUUUUGUAAUGAACUGUGGGAAAGCCUUGUUUAGGGACACUAAUAUAGCACAUUUUUAAAAUCUGUCUUAAAAGGGCUAUAUUUGACAAUUUAUGCAUUUGAGCUCUUCUGCUAUUUGGGUAUGUAUUUUCUACACCAUUCCUGUUUUGUGUUCCCUUUAGUGUGGUGGAAUCAAAAACACUUGAGUUUGUUAUCUUGUCAAAAUCCAUUUAUGAGCAGUUCCAACAAUAGUCUGCUGAGCAAAUCUUCACAGCAAUAAAUAUAUAAUGAAUUUAAAUACCAGGGUGUAAAUACCCAUAUUCUCCAUAGAGAUACCAUGUACAUUUGUUUCUUGUACAUGUAGAUGUUGAUGAAGAAUUAAAUUUUAAAUAUAGAGCAAGUUUGUUAUUGAGAGAGUGAGUGCAUUUAAGACUUAAAGUGUCAUUUUCUUCAAAAAAAGGAAAAACCUCUUUUGUUCUUGCCCAUAGCUUGAUGUAGAAACAUGUUGCUCAAUUUUUAAAUUAAAAAGAAAGCCCAACUUUCAUGAAGAUGUCAAUACUGAUAACUUGCCACCUACACCUUUUGGAAUUAGUAAAUGUUAGUGUUUUCUGACUGAUUAAAUUUAAUAUUUAGUGCAAUCUUA